UUGCAUUGUGGGAAAUAAUUGACGCCAUAUUUGUUUCUGUUGCGAUUUUGCAGUGAGAGUGAUAAAAUAUUUGCUUAUAUUUUCUAAUUGCAUAACUAUGAGGGAUUGACAGUGUACCAGACUAAAGCUUAAGACAACAUAGAGUUAUAUUUAAUCAUUAGAAUUCAUCGGUCACUUCAAAGAACAUAAACAUAUCUUCACUUCAAGACACCUCAAGGCCAUUCCGUGAAAAAGACCAGCUGACGAAAAUAAUGGCUGUUUGUGACGGAUCCUAAAUUUUGAUUAUGGUUAUAUAUCGGUCCAGAUCUGCUGCAGGGAACAUACAACUUUAAUAGUUCUAUUUUGGAAAGAAAAUAUGUAACGAAUCAUGGCCAGCUAGCCCAUACUUUAUCAGUUUUUGACUAUUUUUGUUUCAUUAGAAGAUCAUCCUUAUAUUGCCAAGAUAAAAUUAUGAGUACAUGAUCGAAUUUUGAUUGAGGGUUAUCCUCUUUGGGAUAAGUGCUACGGCAUUUGUCUGUGUGUGGAAUGUGUAAGCUACAAGUCCCAAUGAUUGAUUAGAGUCGGAAUCCAAGAGUGUGCGAGUUGUUCAAAAACUUAUCACGUUGUGCAAGUGCCUUAGAUGUUUUAACUUUCAUGAAAAUAUUGGAAGUGCAUCUGUUUAAAAGAGAGGAAGUGCUGAAUAUUUUGGAUAUAGAUUACAACAAAAGACCUUUGUCAUCAUCAUGAUGUGAUGGCAGCACAUAACGCUCCCAAGCACGACUUUGCACCAGCAUGGCUCAAGAUUCCAUCACAAGAGAAUCCUAAGCCAGCAGGUUCCAAAACUUUGGAGAGUGAUAAAUCAGCAAGAUCGCGACCAAACUAUUACAGCAGGCAUCCAAACUACGCAGAACUUCACAGACAGAACUCGUUUGAAAAUUAUUAUGAUGGAAAAAGACGGGGCCCUCCUCGACACCACUCUGUAGAUGAUGAUUAUUACCCUUACCCUCCUUAUGGGCACUAUGGAUAUUACAAUGGCUAUGGAAUGCACUACAACUCUAACCCUUCCAUAUUCAGAUCACCCCCAAGCAGAGAGCCCAAAUACCCCCAACAUCCCAGCAUGCGUUUUGGACAGAUGAAUGGCGGCUAUCCUGGAUACUAUGAUCUCUAUGCUGGUCCAUUUGAUUACUAUGGAGAGCAGCCAUUCUUUAGUAGUUAUCCUAGCAACAGAAAUUCCAAGAAAAGCCAUUAUGAAAAGGAAGGAAGAUCAAAUUCCAAAGAGGGAAAGGAGAAAGACAGCAAUGAGAAGCCCAAGACAAAGGAAGAUGAGGAAGGGGAGAAGCCAAUCCUACAGGAGGAUUUUCCCUCACUUAAUGGAGAUGAAAAUAAUGAAAAAGCCAGCAAGAUAACUAAUGGUGGAAGUGUUUGGGAACAUCCUCCUCAUGGGAAAAACAAUACUUCUAAGUUUGGAGAACGAGGACCCUCAUCUAACAUUUAUAAAACAUUAGUGCCAAAUAAGCUCCAGGGUUCAGUGAACAGAAAGCCAAAGGAGAACGUUCGAUUCAAUGGAGGAUUUGCGAGUAGCAGCAAACCAUUAACACCACCAGGCGUGACACCCAAUAAAGAGGGAUCACGACUGUCUCCCACACCUCCCAUGGAGAUUCUAAACACACGCCUUGUUACCCAGCCCAGGAAUCUGGGUGACAAGAAAAGUGAAUUUCUAAGAGCUCUGCGAAGAGAAAAUUCAGGGUAUUCACCAGAAGAUGUUGAAAGAGCCGGACAAAAGAGCGAUGGUUUGGAUUUAGUCACCAACGGCAUUGGUGAACUUGAAAUGAAUGACAACUCUGAGGGUCUUCUCUCUAGUUCCUUGGAAGCAGAACAAAGGUUACUAAAGGAAAUGGGAUGGACUGAGAGUGAUGAAGAGGAAUAUGAAAUCACUGAAGAUGAGAAGAAAGAGUUUCAAGACAGAUGUUCCAAACAGAGUGCCAUACAGAAAAACAAUGGCCGGUUUCAGAAGACUCUAAGCCCCAAACAUGUUCCAAUUUACCAGCCCAAUGUUUCGGAACUGAAUGACACUAUAUCCUCAUCAGAUUCAGACACUGAUGACAAUGCAUGAUACCAGAUCCUUCCAGUUCACCCUCAUCACACAUAUCUUGUGCCACAAGUCAUGCACUGGGUGCAUUGUCUACUCUACUGUCUCUGCUAGUCCAGUGAAGUUUUUCUCUACGGAGAAUUUUUCCUUAUAAAACUUGAACUCUCUUAAAUAUCCUGGGAAGGAUAUCAUUGUUUUUUGAAGCCCAUAUUUCUAUUUUUGUAGGUGAAAUUCAGUUUUUCAAAGACUUGUUCUGUGAAUAGACAAUUUGGUUAUCUAAACACCUCAUUUUUCAUUAAUUUCAAUGGGGUUAAGUGAGCUCAGAUAAGUCAAUAAAUUAGAAGUUAACAUUUUGUGAUAAUAAAUUAAAUUCAAUUGAUUAAAUAGAUUUUCAUUUGAAAAAUCUAACAUUAGCUCAUUCUUUUGGAAUGUGGAUUAAUUUUGGGAUAUCUAUAUUUGAAUAUAGUUUACUUUGUUUGGCUUUUGUAUUAUGCAUUUUGGAAUUAUUUAAACCUUGCUUUCCAUAAUGUAAAUAUAUUUAUCUAUGUUGGUUUUUCUUUUCUAAAUACUUCACCUGUAGUAGUUUGUAGAUUUAUAGAAUUAAAAUGCAACAUCUUGUAUGGAUUCAGCCAGAUGUAACUGAAUAACAUCUAAGUCAAACUACGUCAUUAUCACUUUGCUCAAUUACAUAAACAUGUACACAGGCACACUGAUUAUAAUUUGCAUGAUUUUUUUUGAAAUGAUAUCAAGAUAUCAAGCUUUAAGAAAUAUUUCAAAUAUAGUCAUCAAGUGCUCAAUUGUAUUUGCAGACAUACCAUUUUUUGCAUCCCAUGAACAAUGAAAGAUUUGAUUGGUUUAAUACUUAUGUUUGUAUGAAUUUUUUCUUUUGAAAUGUGUAUGAAAAUUGAAAAAAAAUCUAUUCUUAAGAGUGUAUUUUAAUUAUUGUAUGUUUUUUUUUAAAUGAUGUGAUAGAACACUUUCAUAUAUCAAUAUCAGAUGUUUCUAUUACCAAAUAAUAUGACAAUGUUUUAAAGACACAUUAUAGCAUGCUGUGAAGAAUUAUAGUUGAAAAAAUGUUGAUUGUUCAUAACAUUUACUGCCCUUUAUAAGAGUUGUGUUAAAUACAUGUAUGUGACAAUACUAAGAGAAAAUCAUCAACUGUUGAAGUCACAAAGAACUUGGAAGUUUUGUGAUGCACCUCACUGAUUCACUGUUACCAGGUGCACGUGCCAUGCUGAUCCGACGACCGGUAUCAAAAAGGGGGAAACAAUGUUAGACCUCAGGAUCUUAAAUUAUCAGAUGGAAAUAUUUCUGAACUAUGGUUUCAUUGAUUAUUUUUAAAAGGGUGCUUAAAAUUUUUUUGAAAGAAGCAAAUUACAGAUUCUUUCCAGAAUUGUUAAUAUAAAAUCUGCAGAGAGUUUAGUCAUUGUUAUUGCAGAAUAUUUGUUAAAGUUGUAAAUUGAUUAUUUUUGUAGCAAAUUGUUGUUGGAAGCAGUAUAACGUUUUUUAUCCAGGUUAUUGACAUAGAAAAUGCUCUGAUAUUUUGUAGCAUUUGAAUUGAAUCUACAGUAUUAAUGUGUCAAUUUCUAUUUAUUUUUUUCAAUGUUCAUAAGAAAAUUAUAAUGCAAUAUCUUGUGUCGGAGCUAAAAUAGAAAGAAACAUCCUAUUUGUACAUUUGCAAGAAAAUGGCAGCAGUAUAUCUUGGAAGUUAAAACCAUAAUCCAUAAAAUGAAACUUGUAUACCUUAAAACAUUCUUUACACAAAUCCAUUUUACUCUUAUUCAGGCACAAUGUUAUACACUUAUACUGUCUUAAACCAUUGACUUUACAACUUGUUUUUACAGAGGAAUGUUGAAAAAUGAUGUGUGCAUUGGUUGGCACUUUGAUGUAUAGGGAGGUUUUGUUAUGCCAAAUAUGAUAAAGAAUUUGUUGUCCAUGAUUUCUCUGCGAUGAAACUUUGACCAAGGGACAACAAGAUCACUUUCUGUGAAAGCACAUUCUGUAGUACAUGUAUUCAUACUUCACAGCUCUCACUCCAACUGUUAAAUUUUGUAGUGGUAUGUGUAGUAGUUAAUUUUCAAAUUGACCUCAUUGUGGAGGGGAGGUAAAUCAUGCUAUGCAAAAAAAAGGAUAGGGCAUUUAAAACAGCCUGCAUUGUUUAAUCACGUGAAGAUUGUUGAACACUUAAAGCAGUAUUUUUUUUUUUUGUUAUAGAAAGUUAAUUAGCAGAACUUGAAGUACAUUAUGACAUGAUUUUUGUUAGAUUAGAAAAAUCUUGUCUUGCUGACGAUGAAAUAUAAAUGUUAACAAUGUUUCUAAAACUUUUGAUAUAACAUUAGUUAUAAUAUCAGGUACAUAUUUCCUUUGAUGAAACUUCCUUUUCACCAUUUGUACUUGUGCCUGAAAAGAGUUUGCCUUUUGAUUUACUAAUGGAUGUAUAGAACAUCUAAUAGCUGUACAGUCUAUAAAUGUUUAUAAUAAUCAUCACAGAAAUUGAUGCUGAUAAAAAUUGAGUAAGGGUUUGGUUGUUCAGAGAUAGUUUAAUGUAAAUUAGGGAAUAAGUUAAAUCAACUAUGUUAAAUCAACACGAUGUGGGGUAAAAAAAAAUUAAGGUUACAACCCAUCUCCAAGUAGAUCUGAGUUCAAACCAUAUCAACUAAAGCUAGAGGGUUUCCCCUAAUAUCUUAUAAAGUUGAUCCAAAUUUCAUCAGUGUGGUGCAUUCCUCUAGACUGAAUGAUUUUGUAUCUUGUGACCAUUGGUAGUUGAUUGGAUAUGAUUGUUUCCUUUAUCAUUUGUAGCAAUAGGUGAGAGACCUGUUACUAAUCAGUGAGGGUAGCUGGCCCAGGGCCACGCUCUACUACCAAUCAGCAGAAACUUUGUACAUCCAGAUCGAUUGUUUAUACAGGUUUUAUUUUUUGCUUCACUGCAGCUAUUUCGUAUUGAAAUAAAAGACUGCAAUUUG